AUGGGACCCGUUUUCAAGGGAGCAGCUGUUGUUUGCCUCGUGGCGCUCUCUGGGCUACAGCCGGCGGCAGGAGCUUUGGAAUUCAGCGCCAAAAAAGCUGACGAAGAUGCAUACACCUCCGUUAACUUGGCUCGUGUUGGUCAGAUGUCUGUACGGAUUGGCGUAUUGACGGAGGACAGCGACCUGGCUGAAGGUCUAAACGCCAAAUUACCAGCGACGGCAUCUGACUCGUCGCCAGCCGAAACGUGUGAUAAAUCCAUCGAAACACUCAAGAAGACGAAAUUUGUCGCACAGUUCACAGACGCUCAAGACCUGAACUAUCGCCAAGCGGUGCAGAAAGCCCUUGACGCUGGACUUGGGCAUAUGGAGUCGUACCCUGAUACGGAGCAGAAGUGGACGGACUUCUGGAAGCAAGCAGACGGCGCCAACCUCGCACACCUUCUUUGGACUAACAGCACCAAAGUUGGCUGCGCCGUAGGAACAUGCACUGAAGGAGACCAGAAUCGAACUCCAGAAACAAGUAUCACAUUUCUUUUUUGUGAGAUGGAGCCUGCAGCGGUGGAAAACAAGGCUCCCUUCGACACUUUAUCAAUGCGUUCAAAACAUCCUGCUGGCUGGUGUGUGCGUUACUACACCGCGCUACUACAGAAAUUCCAGGCAGACAACCUGCAAGAGGUCCCUUCCCUCGCAGAUUUUGUCUCAAUGGUUUCCUUCUACAAGACGGCAGCGGCCGUGUGCCUCGUCGUAGUCUGCGGGCCCCAAUCCGGGGUGGCAGGCGACGCCUACCUGGCGGCAAAGUUGGCCCGCAAUGGAAAGCUCCCCGUUCACAUCACCGAAGUCUCAGAGGACGAAAACACUGUCACGACCUUGACGAAUACAGUAAACGACGCAACAGCAGGAGAUGACGCCACGUGCAAGAAGUUGGUCGAAUCCCAUCUUAAGGAAACGUUCCAUCGCGCAUUUGAGUACAAAGCCGACACCACUCCUAAUUACCACGAAUUGCUGCAGGCAGCCCUUAACGACGGACUGGCAGUCUUCGAGAAAGAGGGGCCUAUGAAUGGACUUAGGCCCAAGCAUCCACCCCAACUCUGGUUCUGCUUUUUAGGUCUGAGUUUCUGUCUGUUUUUCCUGCUUUUCAGCGAGGAAUAUUUCAACGGAUUGAUAGAACGAACAACUCUACUAAAGGAUAUGACGGCAGACGACCUGAAGCUGUCUGUUGGAAAUGGCGCUGAAGCAGCUGCCGUCCCUACCAUUCUAAUUGCCGGUUUGGUUGCUAUGCUGGCCGUCGUCUCUUCCUAG